UUGGACAUUUCCCGCGGUCCCGCCCCCUCCUUACCUCAAAAAUUCUUUUGCAAUUUCCCGCUCGCUGCCAUCAUUUUGAAGCGUAGAUGAGUUGUAGAGAGGGGAAUUGACAAGAGAGUGGAGAUGGGGUAUGAUUAUGAUGAGCAGAAUGAAAAACAUCAGCACCAUGAAGCAGUAGAUGGGCUGUUCAAUCUUUUCAAUAAAGCCAACAAUGAUCUCGCCAUGCUCCAUGACAGACUUGACAAGGAGUUCAAGCAAAUCUACCCCGAUAAUGCAAACCCAAUGAAGCUUGUGGCCAGAAUCAAGAAAAUUCAGGAGGAGGUAUCAUCCCUUAAUGAGCAGUGUCGUGAACUUCUUGCAGCCAAGCAGGAUUUAAUUGACAAAGCCAGGGUAAUCUUGGUUGGAAACAGGUCAUUACUGCAGAGGCUUCAAGCGUCAACAGGGGUUCCAGUUACUGAUGAUUCUAAUGACUCUGCAUACACAAACUUCAAUCAGAUAAUUGAGGAGUGGACAGUUCAAGUGAGAUCAAGAACAGGUGAUGAGAAGCAGGAGUCAGGUCCUGAAGACAUAAACCAUCUGCUCUUCUCAGCAAUCGUUCCAGGCAACUGAAGAUUUUGUUUGUUUGUGCGCAUGCACGCAAGUGUGUGUAUGUGUGUUCUUUUCUUUUCUUUUUUUUUUUGAAUUUUAUUGGUACAUAAGUAAAGAUUUUAACUAGUCAUUGUUCCCAAGCUAGUCGAAGCCAGUUCAUUAACCUCUGAAGUUGGUAAAGCUGUUGCAGUGAUACUUGUAUUUGUAUGCAUUUUAGUUCCUUGGACAUA